AUGCACGCCAACAAACUGUGCACCAGGCCUUCAACUCCAGCUCGAACCUACUGCCUGCUGCUGCCACUGCUUGCCGGUAAUGCACUGAAAGCCACCCAUACAUAUACUCGCUGGAUGGCAACAACAAAUUGCUGCCGCGCCACCAAUACCAUUAACAACAACGGCAACAACACCAAUACAAACAUGAGUUUAAGUCUGUGGCACCGGCACCAGCACCGGUAUCGAACCGGCAGCAUGGAGAGGGCCCAAAGAGUUAUAAUGACGACGAGGACGCCACGCAGCCAACUGCAAGUACGUAGACGUAGUAGAAGUAGACGUAGUAGAAGUAGAUGUAGUAGAAGUAGACGUCGUAGAAGUAGGCGUAGUAGAAGUAGGCGUAGUAGAAGUAGACGUAGACGUAGUAGAAGUAGAUGUAGUAGAAGUAGACGUAGGAGAAGUAGACGUAGUAGAAGUAGACGUAGUAGAAGUAGACGUAGUAGAAGUAGACGUAGUAGAAGUAGACGUAGUAGAAGUAGACGUAGUAGAAGUAGACGUAAUAGAAGUAGACGUAGUAGAAGUAGACGUAGUAGAAGUAGACGUAGUAGAAGCAGACGUAGUGGAAGUAGAUAUAGCGAAAGUAGACGUAGUGAGAGUAGACGUAGUAGAAGUAGAAGUUAACGUAGUAGAAGAAGAAACAGACGUAGUAGAAGUAGUAGUUGUAAAAGUAGCCGCAAACGUAGUAGAAGUAGACGUUGUAGAAGCAGAAGUAAACGUAGUAGAAGUGGACGUAGUAGAAGUGGACGUAGUAGAAGUAGAUAUAGCGAAAGUAGACGUAGUGAAAGUAGACGUAGUAGAAGUAGACGUAGUAGAAGUAGACGUAGUAGAAGUAGACGUUGUAGAACUAGACGUAGUAGAAGUAGACGUAGUAGAAGUAGACGUAGACGUAGUAGAAGUAGAUGUAGUAGAAGUAGACGUAGAAGAAGUAGACGUAGAAGAAGUAGACGUAGUAGAAGUAGACGUCGUAGAAGUAGACGUCGUAGAAGUAGACGACGUAGUAGAAGAAGAAACAGAUGUAGCAGAAGUAGAUGUAGACGUAGUAAAAGUAAACGUAGUAGAAGUAGACGUAGUAUAAGUAGACGUAGUAUAAGUAGACGUAGUAUAAGUAGACGUAGUAUAAGUAGACGUAGUAGAAGUAGACGUCGUAGAAGAAGGCGUAGUAGAAGUAGACGUAGUAGAAGAAGACGUAGUAGAAGUAGACGUCGUAGAAGUAGACGACGUAGAAGUAGACGACGUAGUAGAAGAAGAAACAGAUGUAGCAGAAGUAGAUGUAGACGUAUUAGAAGUAAACGUAGUAGAAGUAGACGUAAUAGAAGUAGACGUAGUAGAAGUAGAGGUAGUAGAAGUAGACGUAGUAGAAGUAGACGUAGUAGAAGUAGACGUAGUAGAAGUAGACGUAGUAGAAGUAGACAUAGUAGAAGUAGACGUAGUAUAAGUAGACGUAGUAUAAGUAGACGUAGUAGAAGUAGACGUCGUAGAAGUAGGCGUAGUAGAAGUAGACGUAGUAGAAGAAGACGUAGUAAAAGUAGACGUAGUAGAAGUAAACGUAGUAGAAGCAGACAUAGUAGAAGUAGACGUAGUAGAAGUAGACGUAGUAGAAGUAGACGUAGUAGAAGUAGACGUAGAAGAAGUAGACGUAGUAGAAGUAGACGUAAUAGAAGUAGACGUAGUAGAAGUAGACGUAGGGGAAGAAGACGUAGUAGAAGUAGAUGUAGUAGAAGUAGACGUCGUAGAAGGAUACGUACUAGAAGUAGACGUAGUAAAAUAUUACACACGUGCAACAUCAAAACCUAUCAAUAUAAUAGUAAUUGUCUACAAAAUACAUUGUACAUGGAGGACACUAAUGAGGAGGAAAUAUUUAACAUACUAAAUUCCUUGAAUGUAAGAAAAACCGCUGGAAUUGACGGCAUCAGAUCUAUAGACAUUAAAUCUAACGCUAGCUAUCUAACAACUGUUAUAACUGCUUUUGUAAACAUGAGUUUAAGAGAAUCGUCAGUACCUGCUCUUUUAAAAACCGCAAUCAUGACACUGCAAUUCUUGUGGAACAUAAAAACCUAA